AUGGUUUCUCUAAACUGGCAUAAGCAGAAGGAGAAAACAUUGAACGACGACGGAACGGAACGAAAGCAACAAUCCGAAAUGUUAGGAAAGAAUCUAGGUUUCGGGCGGAAUUUCGCAAGACGAACUCUAGAAAAACUAAGUUCGGAAGGUAGGAUUUGUCAAAAACAAACAGUAUGUAUUUUCCUACCCGUUUGCGAUGUGUGUAUAGGUGAAUGUGCACUGUACGCAAAAGGUAGGAUACUCACUGCAAUAGAUGGACACUCGUUUGCUCAAAAUGUACCGAGCUCAGAAAUCAUGCACUUAGCGGGCACCACUCGAUAUCAGCACUCCUCAAUCACACCUCGUACCAUCCAGUCAUCGCCCAUGCCUUUCAAUGAGGCUUUCGAUGAUCCGGAAUUCCAAAAGUCGAAAUCUCCCUAUCCAGAUUUAGCGCAUUUCGUGAAAACAGACGAUCAUGUUCACAUAUCCUGCUCAAGUCCAGACGGCGCUGUCGCAACAUCGCCUCCCUCCUUGGAGCUAUCUUGGCGAGGAAUAACAGUUCAUGUCCAGGAGCAGCGGUCCCUAUGGAAGCGCUGCUUCAGAUCCUCCUCCUUUCCAUCCUAUCCUAGAACGAUACUCAACAAUGUGCACGGUUUGGCAAAGCCGGGCGAAUUGCUAGCCAUAAUGGGAGGAAGUGGAGCUGGCAAAUCUUGUCUGUUGAAUGUGCUUGCCCACAGAAAUCUGAACAAUCUACAGGUUCAGGGAACAGUAAGGGUAAACCAACAAAAAGUCACAAAGGCUUUUAUGCGAAAUGCUUGUGCUUACGUUCAACAAUAUGAUUGCUUUGUCGGAUCGCUGACGGUCAAGGAACAUCUAAUGUUCAACGCAAUAUUGAGGAUGGGCAAGGGAUAUCGAACCGAAGCGCAGCUUAGAAAAGUCGAAGAAGUUAUUGAAGAUCUCGGCUUAAGUGGUUGUGCAGACAGCUUGAUAGGAACGCGGUCAAUCAAGGGAAUUUCUGGUGGUGAAAAGAAACGACUUGCCUUCGCUUCUGAGAUCUUGACUAGUCCUCCUAUCUUACUAUGUGACGAACCCACAUCGGGGCUCGAUUCGUUCCUCGCUUUCCAAGUCGUCCAGGUUCUCAAGAAACUCGCCGCCACUAAGUCGAUGACCAUCGUCUUUACCAUACACCAACCUUCCAGCCAAGUUUACGAGCUUUUCGACAGUGUUUAUAUGAUGGCUGAAGGACGCUUAGCGUUUUAUGGAACCCGAGAACAAGCAGCCGAAUUCUGGACUGGGUUGGGUCGUCCACUACCUUGCAACUUCAACCCAUCCGAUCACUACAUAUCUUCUCUGGCUGACGAAAGUGGUACGAGGAAAAACACUGCUUCGGCCAUAUGCGACGCUUAUGAAUCGAGUACGCUUGGUUCAAAUUUGCAAGCAGCGGUGAAACAGGGAGAUUCUUUUCUUGGAAAUCUCGCCAACUUGGAGAAAAAUAUCAAAACUCUUGAUGAAAGUGCUUCUGACUCAAAGACAUCAGCCAGCUGUUUCAACCAGGUCCGUGUCCUUCUAUGGAGGAAUGUCAUGACAAUACUGCGCGAGCCAACUUUGCUCAAAGUUCAACUAACACAAUCUAUCUUCAUGUCUGCACUCACAGGGGUCAUCUACCUGAAUGACUCCUAUACGCAAGAAAAGGUAGCGAAUAUCAAUGGAUCGUUGUUUCAAAUGGUCUCAACCAUGGCAUUUAUGUUUCAAUUCAGUGUUGUGCAUCAUUUCUGUUCUGAAAUUCAUACUUUCUUCCGUGAGUAUGGUUCAGGACUCUACAACGUGAGCUCCUACUUUAUAGCCAAAAAUCUAGCAGAACUGCCAAAUUUCACCUUAUCUGCUUUACUCUUCGGGACCAUUCUGUAUUGGAUGUCACGGUUGACGCCGCUUUGGGACACUUUCCUUUUCUAUCUGCUAGUGGCUGUACUCGUUCAGAAUACAACUAUUUCAAUCGGAUAUGCUGCUGGCUGCAUAUUCGGCACGAUGUCCACGGCCGUGGCAGUACUCCCAAUUUUUGUCACACCCAUGUUGGCUUUCGGAGGUUACUUUAUCAACCAAGCAACUCUUCCAUGGUUCUUCUAUCCGUUCAAAUACCUCUCAUACUUUGGCUACGCGUUCGAAAGUUUAGUAGUCAAUGAGUGGAGCCACGUCGAUGCUAUAUCAGGCUGCACAAGGCCGCAUGGAGUAGGCUGUUACCACAAUGGUACUGAUGUGAUCAACAGGCUCAGCUUCUCUUCAGACAAGAUGUGGUUCAAUGUCAUCAUUCUCGGUGUGAUAAUAAUCGCUUUCCGUUCUAUAGCUUUUCUAGGCCUAUUUACAAGAGCAAAACUAAGAAAAUAAAUUGGAU